CCCUAGUCUCAGCUAUCCACAAUUGAGCCAGGCCUCUGGAAACGUCACAGUCCCGUUGCCGGCUCAUCCCUUAAUUAUCUACAAACACCAACAACUCUUUCUUUACUGUCGCGGUCGAGUUCCACGUGCGCUCGGUUCAUCUCGACCAGAAACACUAAUUGUGCCGGCUACACUCGCUGCCUCGAGCCACUUUGGCCUCUCACAAGAUCCGCCCGAGCCCGAGCCCGAGCCCUUACCACACCCCCUUUCGCAAGCUUCGCGCUGCUCUGGCGAGUUCACAAACGUGCCGUCUCCCCAACACCGAGCAACAACGAUCAUCGGCGCGCCAACAUGAAGCCCAGAGCUCAAGCGAAGCACUUGCUGCUGCUCUUGCUACCGACCAUCGUCCUUGCGUCUGCAGAGCUGGACGCGCGGCUGUCUGACAAAUCCUCUGUGGACGCUCCUGCCAAGAAGAUCGCUCCUGUUGAUGGCAAGGAUGGCAUGCCUCACAAUGGACCCUGGGUAUCGACCGGUAGGACCGAUGACUCGACAGCCUCCGACGCAGCGGACUCGAUCAAUCCGAAGGGGAAGCCCAUGAAAAUGAACGGCAUCGAGAUUCCCCAGACGAACGAUGGCGUAAUGGACGACCCGACUCGGGUACCGCCCAAGAAGGGCACCACAGGCACCGAAGGCGGCGUUUCCGAGAAGGAGAAGAUCCGCAAGGCGCAAGAAGGCAAGACGGGAGAGCGAGUCGAGAAGGUUCCGGAAACGCCGAAGGAAGACCCUCGGCUCUCCUCUGUCAAGGACAAGACAGUGGGCGAUGCAGACUCCUCGCAGACUGCUGAUGAGAUCGCCGGCCUCGAGAAGCCCCUGAAUCUCCCCGAUAAAGUAGGCGACGAGCCACAUCCAAUCCCCGACUCGGCCAACAAACAGCACUUGAACGUUGGCAAAGGCAGCUCCGGCUCCUCACAUACGAAAGCGCCUGCCGGCACGGAAGAUGCCGAUGGCAUCAUCCAGCCAUUCCACUCCUUCGUCUUGUCCCUCACCAUGAUUCUCGUUUCGGAAAUUGGCGACAAGACUUUCCUGGUUGCCUGUCUCAUGGCUAUGAAGCACGACCGCAUGGUUGUCUUUACUGCCGCCUUCGGAGCACUCUUCGUCAUGACUGUAUUGUCUGCAGUGCUAGGCCACAGCGUGCCGGCACUGAUCUCCAAGCGCGUGACGGCAUUUCUGGCCGCUGGCUUGUUUUUCGUCUUUGGCGCCAAGCUGCUGCGAGAGGGUCUUGAGAUGGAUCCAAACGAGGGAGUCUCGGGUGAGAUGCAGGAGGUUGAGAUGGAGCUGGCAGAAAAGGAGCAGGAGGCUCUCAAACAUGGCGGUCGUCAGUCCUCGGCAUCGGCUUAUGCUCUCGAGGGUGGCAUGAGUCGCCACAGCCGCAAGUCGCGCUCCCAGUCACGUUUCCCCUCGCCGCCACGCAGCCCAUCGACCUCGCCGGCUCGGAGUCCAUCGCCUAGAGGCGGCAUGCUCGGAGGCGUCGGCAGCGGCCUGUCCAACCUAUUCUCACUUCUCCUCAGCCCUGCGUGGGUACAGACAUUCGUAAUGACAUUCUUGGGCGAGUGGGGUGAUCGCAGCCAGAUUGCUACCAUUGCCAUGGCUGCCGGGCAGGACUACUGGUGGGUAACUCUUGGCGCGCUGGUCGGACACAGCAUAUGCACCGGCGCUGCUGUCAUUGGCGGCAGAGCAAUUGCUGGCAGGGUGAGCCUCAAGAAGGUGACAAUGGGCGGUGCCAUUGCGUUCCUGGUCUUUGGCUUCAUCUAUGGAUUCGAAGCACUGUACGCAUGAGUGCGCGAUUGGGCAAAGCAGCGCUGCUAUGGUUGUAAACCAUGAGUUGGCAGCCUACGUCUCUCUUCUACGACUUAUUUUCGAAGAACAUAUCCGACUUAUAAUAAUUGGACCGUCCGGGAGCACCAGCGUGCUUUGCAUUCAGGCGUCAUUGAUCGUUUCACGACUGGGCUAGGGAUAAAAUGGGACACUUGAGGUUGCUCGAUUACAGAAAUGGAAGUUUGGGUCAUCAACACGGCGCAGGACGAACUGCCGAGGUAGACAGGUGACGAUGAGGGUUGCCAAGUGCAACGGUAAUCCACGACCGGCUAGAACACAUUGAUGGACUUUUAACAAUGGUGUACGAUUAUAAAAUUGUUGAAACAUAUCUGAGAGAUUCUCAAUACUUCCCUGA